AUGAAUUUAACAGAUCUGCCGGCGGUUGGGAAUAAGUUUACUUGGUUCAACUCCAGCGGAAACUGCAGAAGUAGAUUGGACAGGUUCUUGGUGGAUGAUACUGCAAUAUCAAUGCUCUCUCUGUUAAAUCAAUUGGUGGGAGAUAGAGAUGUCUCAGACCACAUGCCAGUGUGGUUGAAGUCGAAUUUUGUGAACUGGGGGCCAAAACCUUUCAGGUCCUUCAAUUGUUGGCUGUCUCAUAAGGAUUUUAUCCCUUUCGUUAAGAAGUCGUGGUGUUCGUACCAUGUCUCUGGUUCUCACUGUAACAUUCUGAUAAAGAAAUUCUCAGUCUUAAAAAGCGACAUCCGGAACUGGAACCGUAAUGUCUUUGGAUGGCUGGAUUUAAAGAUAGAAAAGAAUGUUUCUAACCUUAAUUCGUUAGAGAUGAACAUUGACUUGAUUUCUUCCUCCAACUUAGCAGAGUUGAACAAGGAUAGGCUGAGAGCUCAGGAGGAGAUGUGGAAGAACCUCAGAAUUAAAGAAAGCAUGCUGGCUCAAAAAUCCCGUUUAAAGUGGCUGCAAGAUGGGGAUCAUAAUUCCAAGUUUUUCCAUGAUUCUUUAAGAGCUAGAUAUCGGUCAAACUGCAUUUCUGCUAUUAGAACGGGAGUAGGUUUAGAGGAAGAACCUGAUGCUAUUAAAAGUGAAGCCGUAAAGUAUUUUAAGGAGAGAUUCAAGUCUAAUUCAUCGCCAAAGUUCACAUUCGAUUUCGAUCAUAUUGUUUGUUUAGCUGAGGAAGACAGGAACUGCCUGGAAGCUGACUUCAGUCUUGCAGAAGUCAGAUCUGCUGUUUUCAGUUGUGACGGAAACAAAUGCCCCGGUACCGAUGGCUUUAACUUCUCUUUUAUUAAAUCUUGCUGGGAGAUUUUGGGCGAAGAUUUCUCGAAUUGCAUCUUGGAAUUCUUCAACACUGGUUACCUUCCGAAAUCCUUCGCUUCUUCUUUCAUCUCACUUGUUCCGAAAACUAAAAAUACACAACAUUUCGAAGAUUUUAGACCUAUUACUCUUGUUAGUUGUGUGCUGAAGGUUAUCUCAAAGAUGCUCGCGUCCAAGCUUAGGAAGGUUAUUCAUAAAAUUAUUUCUCCUUCUCAAACUGCGUUCAUCCCAGAACGACAGAUUUAUGACGGUGUUCUGUUAGCUAACGAGGUGGCUGAUUUUGCAAAGAGAUCCAAGAUGGGUUGUUUUUUCUUCAAAGUAGAUUUCGCGAAAGCUUAUGACUGUGUGGAUUGGUUCUAUUUAGAUGCUCUUCUUGUUAAGAUGGGGUUUGGAAUAAAGUGGAUGAAAUGGAUACGUGGCUCUGUUUUCAAUAGCUUUGUCUCCAUUCUCAUCAAUGGCAGUUCGUCGAAGGAUUUUAGGACUGGCAGGGGUCUGAAGCAGGGCGACCCUCUCGCUCCUUUCCUGUUGGAGGUAACCAUCGUAGAUAUUCUUUUUGGAAGCCGGUUCUGCUGA